UUUCAUCACCAAUCAUUCGGAAACUUACCUCCGAAGUUGUGGUUCAUAAAAUAAAGAAAAAUGAUCGCCCUGAAUAUUUUGAUUAUUGCUAUUUUUACUGGAACGUAUAUUAUUGAGUGUACCCCUAAUGAUGAAGAGUUGAAACACUUGAUAAAACGGUAUAAUUUAGAAUGCAUGGAACAAACCAAAGCGGAUCCUGGUUUCGUCGAGAACAUAAAAAACGGAGAUUGGAAAAUUCCAAAGGAAAAGAUGCAGGGCGUUAAGGAAUGGUCUCUUUGCAUGAUGACGAAAGCUGGACUGAUGACUAAAGAAGGAGUUUAUCAAAUUGAUGUGGCGCUGGCUCAAGUACCAACUGAGGAUAAGAGAAACGUAGAAAAAUUAAUAGACACUUGUCUUAGUAAGAAAGCAAUCCCUCCUCCGGACAUCGCAUUGAUGUUCAUAAAAUGCUAUCAAAAAGCAAAAGGAAACUACACUGUGACAGUUUUGUAACGAUGCUGCAUUAACGCCAUCUAUUAUCGACUAACUAAACAAUUCUCUUUGGAAGAGUGCCAUCUAUUAAAAAAAGCCCAAACUUAAGCAGAGCGCCACCUAGCGAGGUGUUUUAUUACUUGUAAGCAACGAAUAACACGUGUACGUCAGUAGUUUUCAACCUUUUUAAUAGAUGGCGCUCUUAGAAACAUUUAUAAAGAUAAACAAUUAUUAAUAACAAAAGUUUUUG